AUGCAAGGGGAAAGAAUCCUCAAAUCACUUCUAAACGGACAGAUAGGUGGUCUUUUUGAGGAUACGAAGGUAUUAAGUUGAACAAUUACAAACUUAGCUGUUUGCUAAAUUAAUUUAUUAAGGUGUAAAAUUAUGGUAGCUUCUAGCUCACUUAGCGAAGAUACUUACGAUUUGUAAGGUUACUCACUUUCAAACACGUUUCCUUGAAUAAAAAUUUAGUUCAUUUCAAAGCGAGCGUCUUGUUAGACUCUAAAUGUAGCUCCAAUUGCAAGAAUCGCGCGGAUCUACAUGAGCAGGUCAUGAAUGAGUGUCACUUGAAAGCGAACCUAAACCUAAUGAAUUAAACUUAUUUUAGACGUCUUUUUUGCCAAAGCCUCUCAUUUUUCUUAACUCCAUAUUUUAAAUGGGGUAGCCUUCACCCUUGAUAUGUUGUUUUUAAUAUUGUUUUGUGGAACUUGCAGAAUUAUCUUGCUCCACUGCAAUGUCCGCUAAAGAACAAAAAUGGCUGCCAAGCAGGAGGCAAAGCUACAGAGGAAACUGUAUCAAAGUACGCCGCUUUUUGUACCAAGUUCCUAAGGUUUGCUAUAGAGACCUUGAAAAAUGUGAAAGCCAAGGAGAAAGGCCUUAUUGAGGUCACAGAUGCCUUGAAAUUAGGUAAGGUAAAGAUGAAGCAUGUGAACAUCUUUAGUUGUUGUUUGGGAGUAAGGUCUUUUCUGAGUUCCUAAAAUAAGCUUAAUGCUACUCUUAAAAUGGGACCAGCUUCAAAAGGUCGUCACUUGUUUCCAUCCGCCAAACUGACGUGACGUCAUCUGAUCUCCGGUGAACAUCUUCGGUUUACGCGUCGGCUUCUUAUGGUAAAAACAAAUAUGGCGGCCACUGUCUGGUCUAGACUGAUAUAUGCUUGUCAGUAUACCACUCAAACUAGCGAAUGAAGUGAGAUUAUGUUUGCCAGGAUUUACCCAACCGAUCUACCUUGUGUUGUUUGGUUAAAAGGCAAAUCUUAAGAGAAGGUAGGCCCGAGAAGGUAUGAUGCGAAAGCUACUAUUGACAUUUAUAGUUUACGUUCAGAAAGUGGCAAGGAAAGACUUAAGCUUAAAUUACUUUCUAUCGAGCUCACUUCUAAAAGCGUUUCAUAUGGAGAGUAUUCUAUAUAGAAAAAGAUAUUUCUGGUUUAUCAGCUUCAUUCUCAAGCGACGUCAUUUUGGUGGGUGGACAAGGUUCCAUCUAUCAAACUGACGUGACAAAUGUUGAAAUUAACAAGCCUCACUAUCAUUGUGUCGUUACAGAGUUUUUAUUGAAAUGUUCUAUGGCAUUACACGGCAAAUUACUGCAGAUUCUGUUAAUUUUUCAUUUAUUUGGAGCUACAUGUAAUAAGAAACUUACACUUUAAGUACUGACUGUAUUUAUUUCGCUAUUAAGUUUAGUCCGGGGCACCCAACGACAAUUUUUGGAAAAUAUCUGUUCAGAAGACGAUUUGAGAUCUAGAAUUUUCCGAACAUUUGUUGUAAAACUCCUUGCUUCCCUGCUUCUCCUAGGAUUUUCUAACAUCUAAAGAAUGGUAUAAUUGCCAAUUUUUAACUGAUUUUUACCCUAAAAAGGUCAUCUAGAAUUUUCGGGAGCCUUUUUUCUGGCUGAAAUUUUCGAAAAGGUAAGUUUCGAUCCCUAUAAUUUUUGGAUCACUAGACUUUGAGCUAGGAAAUCUGAACAGAUGAAAAAUUUUUUGGGGAUAAAAAUAUGCCUAUAUCUACCGUUUAAAUACUAAAAUACGUUUAAAAAUCUUAUGUUUAAGGUGACUCGACCCAGUUUUUUUUAGGGGGUACCAUCCUACUUUGAAGCUCUCUGGUAUCCCCACCUUUAGUUUUAUCGUAAGUAUAACACAUAGAAUGGACAACAUGUAGAUCAAUCUACAAUAUAACACAAAAUUUUUGGCGAUCGGAGUAAAUGUCACGUGGUUAUAAUGCCACGCCCCUUUAAGGUCUGAGUCGAACAUCUGCUGUUGCCAGCAUUUUUUCGUGAAAAUCUCUCGGCUACACAUAGUGCGCAUUAGUACCUUGCGCUGAACAGAGUUUCACCAAAAUCGCAAAGACCCAAUUCGAGAAAUUCAGCGGUUUCCAAAUUUAGGUCAUAAUUUAUGCGAAAAUGAUAAGCAAACUUUACACGGAUUAUAUCUAAUAAACUAUGAGAUUCAUCUCUGUAUUUUGGGCAUCCUUAUAACAGAUGGGUCCUUGAAAGUCAGCAAAACGCUUUAGGGCCUUGUAAAUGAGCGCGAUUUCGAGCAAAGCAAACAUAUAGAAAUUAUAGUUUUCGCUAUUUGUUGACGUUUGUCAGCGUUUAAGAGUCAAUCUCACGAAAAAAGCAUUUUCUUAAAAAUUCGUAGCUUUUUUUCCUUCAAAUUUUUUCAGGGCCACAAUUGAUUAACUAACUACCCGGACUCUUUCAUGGUCAUUGAAAAACUGUGACAUUACCUUCUAUAAGCCCAAACUUGAGUAAACAUUGAAGAUUUUUAGCGUUUUGGCUGAGUUUGUACUUUGGGAGUUGUCUAUUGUUUCUAGUCUGUCAUUAUACAGCAUUCUUGUCCAGCACGCGUGCAAUGACCACGCUUGGCUGACUUCCGAAUGCUCACCGAGAUAUGAUAAUUUAGUAUAAGAAAAUAGAAGGGAUUCCCGUGGCUUGCAUUAAACCUAUGAAAAAAUUGAUAUUUUUUUAAUAGUAAGUAGAUUUAGUAUGUAGCACUUCUUGAUUUUUUUGCAAAGGCACAAGAAGCACGAGAAUUGAUUAAAAAUUGUGAGUUAAACCUCUAUGUAUCACGCGAUAGCCUGUCUCACUGUACCAAAAUUAUCAUAUUCGGAAGUCAGCCAAGCGCGGUCAUUGCACGCGUGCUGGACAAGAAUGCCGUAUAAUGACAGACUAGAAACAAUAGACAACUCCCAAAGCACAAACUCAGCCAAAACGCUAAAAAUCUUCAAUGUUUACUCAAGUUUGAGCUUAUAGAAGGUAAUGUCACAGUUUUUCAAUGACCAUGAAAUUCAGAGUUCGGGUAGUUAGUUAAUCAAUUGUGGCCCUGAAAAAAUUUGAAGGAAAAAAAACUACGAAUUUUUAAGAAAAUGCUUUUUUCGUGAGAUUGACUCUUAAACGCUGACAAACGUCAACAAAUAGCGAAAACUAUAAUUUCUAUAUGUUUGCUUUGCUCGAAAUCGCGCGCAUUUACAAGGCCCUAAAUUGUUUUGCUGACUUGCAAGGACCCAUCUGUUACAAGGAUGCCCAAAAUACAGAGAUGAAUCUCAUAGUUUAUUAGAUAUAAUCCGUGUAAAGUUUGCUUAUCAUUUUCGCAUAAAUUAUGACCUAAAUUUGGAAACCGCUGAAUUUCUCGAAUUGGGUCUUUGCGAUUUUGGUGAAACUCUGUUCAGCGCAAGGCACUAAUGCGCAAUAUGUGUAGCCGAGAGAUUUUCAUGAAAAACUGCUGACAACAGCAGAUGUUCGACUCAGACCUCAAAGGGGCGUGGCAUUAUAACCACGUGACAUUUACUUCGAUCGCCAAAAAUCUUAUGUUAUAUUGUAGAUUGAUCUAUAUGUUAUCCAUUCUAUGUGUUAUACUUACGAUAAAACUAAAGGUGGGGAUACCAGAGAGCUUCAAAGUAGGAUGGUACCCCCGCAAAAAAACUGGGUCGAGUCACCUUAAGUGGUUUUGAACUAUAUUCUCGUUGGGUGCCCCUGUUUAGUCAUGAUAUACAUGUAAUUUGCAUGAUUUUAAGAAUAUCGCAACUACGUGUAACCUAACAACUUAGUUGUAAUCUUUUCUUAACAUGACAGUCAAUAGUAAACAAGGAAAAAUAUCAAGCCAACUGUCAUCAACCAGCCAGUAUGCUGCAACUGUUAAACUGUAAUGAGACUUCUCACAGUUCUACUUAGUUAAUUUUAUGAUUGCAGUAUUGUGAUGCCUCAGUUUAUUAAAACCUACCAUCCAUAACAUUUAUGGUCAGUAUUAUGCUCAUAAUUCUAUGCAAAAUUAAUAUACACGUAACGUUCAUUUGCUGACAGGUAUUUCACAAAACAGGAAUUAUAUACAAUGUUUGUGACACACAUAUGCUAACUAUAUAUCACAGCUUAUUCUCUAACACUACCACUGGUAACAAAAUGAGUACUGGUAUAUGAAGAUCAUUAUGAAAUGUGGAGUCCAAAUUCUGAGCUACAUGUAACACAUCUUUGUAUUUGCCCAACAAUAGGAGAGCCCAAAAGUACUACUAUAAAAUCAUCAGUAGUUGCCAUAGAGAUGGUGUGUGUUAAUCAGUAAUACCCAUUUUUCAGCUUCUCGCUCUUAUAACUUGAAACUUUGUCCAAUGCCCCAAAUUUUGUAUGGUGUUAUUUCACUAAGCAGGAAAACAAGUCAUGUUAACAAAAUUUGACAAAAUAUUGAAAAACAGGUUCUGGGAGAAGGUUUUCUAGAAUUACCAAAUGGCAUAGAUUUCAAUAAGGAAAAUGAACAGUUUUCUCAAAACAGCCCUUUAUUUUCGAUGGUGAAAAGCAAUGGUAUCAAACAAUCAGUGGCUUACUCGCUAUUCCUCUAGACAUAAAACUAUACCACAGCAACAGUAUAACUUGUCACAAACACUAUGAUUUUGCCACGUUGCGAAGCAGUGUUAGGACCUCUUCCCUGCUGUCAGUCAACCCAUUUUCAGACUUUCGUAGCCAUCUUUCCCAGUACUGUUCCCGAUGAAAGUCACAAAUAUAUGUAGUGGUAUCUGUUAAACCAAAUUAGAAUGUGAAUCUUUUUUUACAUUCUAUUUUUAAUAUUAUAAUAGUGUGUUGUCAUUUGAGAGAAGAUAAAGCACUAUGAUGGAUAUACUGAUACCUCGUAUGGCAUCAACCUAAGCUUGACUUUAAGGUUUCGCCCUCAAGGAAGUAUCCAGAUUUGUAACUGAAUACCUAAAGUCAUAUUUAAUUUGGCCUGGUUUUUCGGUCAAUAGGGAGGAUCAAGGUUAACUUACAAUUUUAUAGAAAUUGUUACUUAUUCCUUCAAAAUCUUGUUUGCCUACAUGUACUUGAAUACUUGAAUGGCAAGCUGUAAAAAGGAUUUUCUUUGCACCCUGCUUGAAUGUACAAGUCUUUAUUUACAUUUAGUUUCACACUUUGAGAAUAUUGGCCCAAUGUUGAAUCAUCCGUACCUGUGAAUGUGUUCUCAAUUACAUGGAUCUCUUCAUGACAAAAGUCAGUCAUGAAAAAUUGGGGCUUCCAGCUGGCAUUCCAAUCAUGGAAGAUUCCUAGUGCUUCCUGUAUGGAGGCUGUAGUUUCCCGUUGAAUUAUGAAAGACCCCACAACUAUGUAAUUUACAUUUGUCUUUACCACUAGGAAAAAUAGACGGAGCUCAUAUCUCAUUGUGUUGUAGGUUGCAUCAAGCAGGGUGAUCUCAUUUCUGUAACGGAUCAUGAGUUGCUUUUGCCAGGCUGUUUGAUGAGCAAACAAAAGAUCAUCUCGCACAUAAUUUUGAUCUGUUUCCUCAUUGUUCAUGCUUUCAGAAGCUGUUGAUGAGGCUGAUAGGGCACAGGGUCUAAAAUAGAAAGAGUCUUGUGGGUUCUCCUGACACCAAUUUUCAAUUUUCUUUUCAAGGUUUUCCUGAUCAGAUUUGGACAGGAUUUUUUUUACUGAUGCCUGAUACAUGUGGUUCCUGAUGUCCACAUCUGUUGGAUAAUAGCGCCUGUUUGUUGAUGCUGGUGCAGAUUGCCCUGGAAAUAGUUCAGUUUUUACGAAUUGCCUAAGAUGUCUUUUCAUUUCGUCCACAGUUUUCACACCUUCGCCAACAAGCUCUCCAAUCUUGUCUACAAGCCGUUUGUCGAUGGGCCGCAGAAUGCCACCAAUCUGGUUGUUUGAUACAUGAGGAGAAAAAUGAAAAUGGAAUUACAUUUUUGACAGAAAUAUUUUGACAGCCAUGCUGAUAGUUGUAGGCACUGCUGGUACAAUGUACACUUACAUGAAAUGAAUGAAAUGUCACUUCUGUCAACAACAACAUUCAAAAAACAAAUUAUUUGGAUAGAAUAGCAACAAAUCAGUUGAAAUAAUAAUUCCUAGACAAUUUUGUUCAUUUUUUAUCAGCUUCUAUUUUAGUCCUAGACACUACUUGGACCUUUUGUCAUGAUCAUUACUUCAUUUACAGACCUAGGCUAUGAUUGUUACACUACUUAGCAUGUAGCCACCCAUACACCUGUUGUACUUUGUGACCUAGCCUUUGAGUGGAAGGUCUGACUUGACUUUCUUUCACAUGCCUUCUUGCCUUUUCAUAGGAAAGUAAUAUCUGUCCGAAACUAUAAUUACCAUAAUGAUUUAUACAUGAAAAACUAGAAGGUUUAUAGGAAAAUGACUCAACUCUUGUCCCACCCAUUCAAAGUGUUUUUCCCUAAGCCUUCAACUAUUACUCAAACAAAAAGAGCCAAAAACAAAAGUUAAUAUUAUUGUUCUCAAGUUAAGGUAGUGUCCCAGUUCUUUCCAUUGACAUCAACAGACCUCUCCAGUGAUGUGAUCUUUGUGUUCAUCCCCCUUUGGUAAUUGGAUAUAAAUUCUGUGUUUCACUUGGGGUUUCUGUCCGCUGGUUAUAUCAGUCUUCAGCUUUUUGGACAUGUCCCGUCUUAGUCUUUCUGUGUCAUCCCUGAUCUAAUAGAGUUAAAAGACAGUAAUAAGUUAUGAAAUGAAGGGAUGUAUUUUACUGAGCGGAAGUAUAAUGUCAAUUGCUAUUAUUAGUAUUGUGAUGGUGGUUUUGUACCUUGUAAUUGCAAUACUUUAUGACUUCUGAUAAACGAAUACUUGCAGGGCAGCCAAACUACUUCAUUGUGUCUUGAGGUAGAAACCUCCUCCUUUUGAAUGAGUGAUCAUCAACCAGUAGUUAGAAGAUUAAUAUUAUAGAUUCCUUACAGUUUAGUGCUAAAAGCACCAAAAAGGCUGUGGCUGUGAAAUGAAAAUGCGGAUAUUUUUUAGUCAUAACCAACAUACCUUCUCUUCAGAAUGUCUCGCUUUAAAUGACUUUUUCCUGUCUGGUCCAUGUUGGCAGUCAAAUACCUUGGUGCCAAUUAUACUGAAUGGUACUCCAUCAAAUGGAAUUUUGUCAUCUUUGAAAUAGACUUUUCUUUGCUUGGCAAAGGGAUCUGUGUCAUAGCAACAAGGAAAGUCUGUAUUAUGUUUAUUAGGGCUGUACUCUAGCAGUCCUCAGAGGCCCCCGGUGACUUACUGUUGCUUUUCGGCAAGAAGGCAAUCUUAGUUUUUGCCCAAAAUUACUAUGCUGGGCAGCCAGAAUGUCAAAGGGUUAGUGUUUUGGGCUUCUUAGAGCAUAGCCUUGUUUAUUAUAAUUUUGAUUGUAUUCUGGUAUGCAACCUACACCACAGUCAAGCCAAUGUAUUACAUGCACCCUUUGCAGAUAGUACUCAGUCAACCAUAGAUUUAAAAAUACCGUAAAAUUCCGAAAAUAAGCCCCUCCGUGUAUAAGCCCCUCCAAAUAUAAGCCCCCCAAACUGGCGUAACGCAAAAAACCCUCCGUAAAAUCGCCCCUCCAAAUAUAAGCCCCCCGGGGGCUUUUACUUGGAAAAUUGCCCUCAAAUACAAAAUAAAACAAAGCAAAAACGGUAAAUUUACUUCCAACUAUGAGGCUAGCCCAAUCGAUUUUGAAACGCAAAUUUCCCUCCCGUAUAUAAGCCCCUCCAAAAAUAAGCCCCUCAAAAAGGGCCUUUGAAAAAUAUAAGCCCCGGGCCUUAUUUUCGGAAUUUUAAAGUAUUUCAUGUCUUUGAUUCAGAAAUUGUUCAUGCCAUGAAUACCACUGUGUUUAGAAUAUGCACAUUCUACUCCAGCAUAUUUCUCCCCCCCAACAAAAGAAAAAUUUCUAAGAUCACAGCAUUGCUUAUUAUAAUCUUUUGAUUGUAAUCUGGUGUGCAAGCUGCACCACAUUCUACUCCAGCAUUCUUAACCCUACUAUGUUACACUGCACUGCUAAAAUCAUAGCUGCUGAUAACCAAUCAGAUUCAAGAAUUUUUAUGACCAACUUAUUGUUUACGCACUUAUCAACUGACAUCCCCCCUCCCCCACCCCCAGAACAGGGUGGGGAUUUGACUUCAUGUUAACUACAAUGGUGAUUAACCCCCAUGAGGGGGCACCUAAACUUUUAAAGCCCCCAACUACAGUCCUGUAGGAGAAAAAUAAAACAUGGCAAAUCUUGAGAAAUCCCCAGCCCCCAACGGCAAAACAUGCUGUCAAAUUUUAUCAAACACCCUUUGUUCCCCCACCUUGGCCCGGGGGUGGGGGGUCGGCUUUCAGUUGAUAAGUGCAUAAUUAUUUUGUUGCUUCAUAAUUAUCUUACCUCCAGCACCAAACAUUUUGUCUGAUUUAAAACAAGAGAAUUUUGUUGUUGUUCCCAGUUCAUAUUGUCUUAUUACAGUCAUGGCUUCCUCAACUGAUCCAACAUAGCCAACAAACUUGUUUGUUGAUCCUCUUAACUUCGCUUGCCAAGUACAUACAGUAGCACUGUCUUUCUCACUUUCUAAAUAUAUGCCUUCAGCUGUGCCGCUACCUUCUUGGGUAUUUGCCGGCAAAGCCAUAACAAACGACUUGUGCUGAGUACUAUAAACCGAGCAGUCAACUUCCAGAUCUCAUACACCCGGAAACUUUAUUAUUCUCCUUUCGAAAAUGCCCACCAAACAACAAUGCUUAGCGGGAAAAUCUUCGGAAUUCCGAGACAGGUUUUCGCUAUAUUAUCGUCAAUUUUCGUGCGCGUUCGCCUGUUAUUGAACGUCAGUUUCAUGGAUGGAAAGAUACGCUAUCUGUCACGCCAUCCAUCAAACUGACGUUCUCCACUGUGGCAAGCUUUAAGGGUAUAAAAUAGCUUUACCCUUGUCCAAUUUACCCUAAUUAAGUUUUCAAAGGUUUAUUGAAAAAAAUCAGGACCCUGCUUUAUGUGCACAGAAAAACACAAAUAAUCUGCUGGACACACGUGGACCCACAAAAGAUCAUCCGCCAUAUUAGUUUUUACGAUAGGAAGCCGGCGCGUAAACCGAAGAUGUUCGCCGGAGAUCAGAUGACGUCACGUCAGUUUGGCGGAUGGAAACAAGUGACGACCGCUUGAAAACCUUACUAAUGAAAAUGAGUUUUAUUUAUAACACACACACACACUUAACACGCAUACUUUAUUAUUAUGAAUAAUCUACAUUUACUGACAUAAAGUCCAUUUCCGCCCGCAAAUAGCAGGCGCUAAGUAGAGCCAGGCGGAGAUAAUAGGUACACCAGUCAGUAAUAAAUUACAAAUAAAUAGAUGAAUAAAUAACUAGAUAUAUAUAAACGAAAUAAAGCUUAAACUUAAAUUAAUGACAUUAAAAAAUCAACUACCUGAAACUCGUAAAAUUAACCACGACACUAAAUAAUUAUUAAGAUAUGUAUACUUUAUAAAUUAAACUUUGUAUUUGCUCGAUAGUUAGCUAUUUUUUGAAGCAGAAUGGGCGAUUCAACAUAAUUGUCCUCGGCCUCUAAUAAUGAAAAUAGCAUGUCAUUGAUAUGUUUUUUGAACGCUCUCUUGCCGGGAGGUGACGAAGUUCAUCGCAUAUUGAGUUCCAAAGCUUAGCUCCGAACCUAGCAAAAGAACCAUAGUUUUGAUUCAGUCUCGAUCGGUUAAUAUAAAAAUUGCAGGAGGAAGAGAACCUGGUCUUGUGAUUCUGCUUUUCAUUAGCUUUAAUGAAAAGAUUACUAAUGUUAGUGGGAACAGUUAGACAAGAGACGUUGAGCAUUAUUGAGGAAACUGUUUCAACGUGUAACAUUUAAAGAAAGGAUUUUUGAGGAGGUAAAUAAAGGCAACGCAUGUGCUCUGGGUUCAGAAAAAUACAUCAACCGAAGGACACGUUUUUGUAGCACGAGGAUUUUUUGUAAAUGGGAUUUAGCAGCUUGACCCCAAGCAGCAAACCCAUAGGAUAGGUAGGGUAGUAUCAAAGAGUGAUAAUUACUUGAUAGAGUGGUAAAAGGGACGAGGUGCCGAAGACAGGCAAUAACUCCAAUAAUUCUACUUAUUUUUAGUGCUACAUUGUCAAUGUGGUAUUUCCAGCUCAAAUGACUAUCCACUAAGACACCCAGAUAUUUUACAUGAUCCUUAAACUCAAGGGAAGUAAGAAAGAGAUUACUAUUAUCAAACAUUAGAAUAUUGACCGAAUGGUCCAUCUUAAGUUGUUGAGGACAAAAGAUAACAAAGUUUGAUUUUCUAGCAUUUAAUGUUAGCUUAUAAUUUGCAUUGAGCCAAUCCGAGACUCUGACCAGUUCGUUAUCGACCAUUUUUUCAAGAGAUUUAAGAUUUUUGUCAGCAUUCAACAACUUUGUGUCAUCUACAAAAAGGUAAAACGAAAAUUUCGCUGAAGAAUAAAACUUUACAACCUACUUAUGGUCUGGGAGUCCCAGGUACAUACAACACAUUUCACAGUAGAAAGAAAUAGCAUUUUCAACAUGGUGUAAGCAGGGCACAACAAAGUGGUAUCUGAUAAUCCAGAGCCAGUAAGGCUUAAAUAUGGGUCAAAUAUAAGUUGUCCGAUAAGCAAACCACAUUUGCUUUAAGUGUGAGAUUAAUAGAGGGCUACAAAGUUACAUGUAACUUGCAAAUUGUUUUGUUCAUAUUUCAGUGGGGACACUUCUCAACAACACUUUAUCACUCCGUCAUGGAAACUACCUGAAGUUUAUUCCUUCAGUAGAUCAGCUUGCUAAAACACUUUACCUUAUUGUUGCUCAGCUCAUUGCUAAGACACAGUUUGAAAGGGCUCUGGAUCAUGCUAAUGACCUAUAUAAAUUCAUCCAGCUUCUUAAGGCAUGGAAGAGCUAUGACAGUGAAAAGAUGGAGAAGGAAAUUGGAUCACUUUGUUUACGUUCAUCUGAUUUGUUACUCCAAGGAGCUGAGAAGCUUGAGGAGGCAAAAGUACCUCCAGGGGAACGACCAUCACAAUUGUGUGUUGUGUUAGACUGGAGAAAGCGCUCAUUACUUUUUCAAGCAGGAGCAAAUGUACAUUGUUCACUAAAAUCCUUAGUGGAUAGAACUCUGAAAUGUGGGACAAAAUUUCAAGUGGAUUGUGGGCUCAAGAAUGUUGAUUUUAAAACCUUAGCAAGCUUCUUUGAAACCAUUUUUAGUGCACUCAUGAACAAGCAAGAACAACUGAUUGCAAAUGGACAAGAAUUUACAGUUCUCUUGGCUGAACUUGGAUUUCAUUAUGGCAGGAUUUGUAAUAAGGCUAGAAACUCAACAGAAGCUUUGGCUGUGUUUGAUAAACUGUGGAAAACUGCAGGAAUUGAAAACCAUUGCAAAAAUGGGCAUUUUAAACUACAAAUACCUCAACAAGUUUGUUGCUGUGUGUGUUUAGUCUGCAAGGCAGCUAUUUUGUUGAACUCUACUAUAAAAUCUCAAACUCAAGAAUCUCUUCAGCAGAUGUUAUUCGAAAGUAAUCGGCUAAUCUCCCAGAUCCUGAAGUGUAGCAUAUUACCUUCACCAAUGUUAAAACUACUUUCAGACUCCCUGGAGUACUUCAGAAUUAAUUUGCAAAAUGAAAGUAGCCAGAAGAGUAAGGAGAAAUCACCCACUCUUUCAUUGAAGACUCUUCAAGGAACAGUACAAGUGCUGCAGUCUUACAUCUCAGUCUUAUCUUUGCAGUGUGAGUGGCUUAGGUCAGAGCUGCUUAAAUCCAAACAUGACAAUAUUGUGGCACAGCUGAAACAGCAGGUUCUAAAGACCACAGAACGGCAAAUGACAGUAUUUAGUUUUGUUAUUUCUUCAUAUCAAGAUCAGUUGAAGAGUGAAAAAGAUGCAAAAAGUACAAUAAGGGAUUCAAGGUCAGUAGUAUACCCGCCAACUCUCACGCCUUAGGCGUGAGUCUCACGCCUGUGGGUUGAAAACUUCGAUCUCACGCUCGCUCACGCUUGCGGGCCAGUUUCUCACGCCUGAUUGAAAAAUGUGAGUUGUUGCCGUCUUGCUUGACACAAUUUCCAAAAAUAUGUUAACUCAGACCCAUGUAAGGAACGACAACCACUUAUAAAAUGAAUAAAUGACAAUACCUUCCUCGCGAUCUCUGAUUUUGUGGAUAAGCGUUUUCUCGAUAACUUCGCCUUCGGCAGUCUUCGGACGUCUUCGGAAGACUUCUGACAUCUACGGAAGACUUCGGACUUCUUCGGAAGACUUCCGACUUCUUUGGGAAGACUUCGGAAAUGAUCCUGUCGUCUUCAAAAAUCCCAGCAAUCCCAGGAUAAAAAUCUCACGCAUAUAUCUCAGAAAAAGUUGGCAGGUAUACAGUAGUAUCACACAACGUUUAAAACAGUUAACUGCAGUGUAGUACACACUGUAGUUUAAUGAAAGGAUUACAUGUAUGUUGUUGUUUUAUUUCUCUUUGUUUUGGGGCAUGUUAAUGGAUGAAAAUGAGUGAAAAACAAAAGGAAACAUUGUGCAAAGAGAGUAGUAUCUGAUACCCCAGGGCUAGUGGAUUUUGUCAUUGGUCUACGGAAGUCUGUUCUUAACUUGCCUGAUGGGCAAGUGAAGUAUUUUGAGGAAUUCAACUUACAGAAGAACUUUAAAAUCAAUUCUGCUCAUCAAAAAAUUUUGGGGGCUUAAGUUGAAAUGACGUUUGGGCUAGUUAAUGCUAGCUUCAGCUUGCCCGAAUGACAAGCUGUAAAAAUGACUUUCUUUGCACCCUGGAAAAUAAAAUUUAAACCAAGGUUAAAUUUGAACCAUAACAUAUGCAUGUAACACUGGUCAAACUUUUAUUGCUUAUCCAGUAUCCUAGCUAAACUCUUGCCAAUCAGCCUAACAAUUCUUGAAACAAAAUUACAAAAUAAUAUCUCUAGAAUUUGUCUUUUUUGUGUUGCACACAAAUGGGGAUGCACACUGUACGCACUAUGUCUGACAAGAUGGCAUUUUGGGGAAGAUGUACCGUAAGUAGUCUGGGUCUGAGAAGGCUCAAAGAGACUAAGAGAAAUCUAGUAAGAAUAUCUAUAAAAAAUGGGGGAAUGAAUGAAUGUACAGCUGUUGGUGGACCCUUACAAAGAACUGUAGAGUCAAACAUUUCUGGGUAUCAAUGUUGAAAGAGUUUACUGUACUGUUAAUGUUAACACAUUCUUUAUUAAUUAUAAUAUGCAGAUGUCAGAUCUUUAAGGACUGUAUUCCAGUAGUAGAACAAGCAAACUCUGUAAUUCAUUCUGCCCUUGAUGAUCCAGACAUCCCAUUGACUCCAAACGAGCUCCGGUGGCUAGGCUGCAAUGUGUACAAUUUGGGCUGUGUGUCGUAUCAGAGAGAUUGCUUUACGGAAGCAGUUCCUGUGUUAGCUAUUGCAGUGUGA